CGCUUCCCCAGCAACAAACUAACGAACGGUUGGAGAUGGGUAACACGCAAAGUAAUCGUUUAGUGCAGAACUUGAACAACCGUUGAUGUAUUUAGUUAAAAACCGACAACAUUAUUAUUGUUUCGUAUUUUUAGAAACUUUUAGAAAGAAACUUCAAAGUCUUGACGGUUAAUUUCUAAAAUCAGGUGCGGGUGUUUCAUUUGAUAAUUAACCAACUUCAGUCCAACUUCAGCACGUGUUAAAUUAGCCUCAGCGUCUACACUUUCUCCAUACAAUGGAGUUCGAUAUUCGUGAGCAUCUAGCGAAAGCACAGGAGAGCCAAGACUUCGAAGCUCUUCAGUCUGCUUACCGUAUGAUUAAAGACAUGACACCAGCUGAGGCUCGCGGACCACGCAUUCCUCCAGAGCUAUACGUCAUGUGUGCGGAAAAUGCUCUACAGAUGGAGCACGUGCAGAUGUGCUUUGAAUGUCUAAAUAUGUACUUUGAAGGUGAUCCGCCUCAUGACCAAUUUUUCUGUCGAGCUCUCAUGUGCCAGGGCCAGCUGAUGUCUCUGUUUGUGUCUCCUGCAAAGAGUGUGAAAGAUAUCAAGGAGGCUGCGAGUGAUUUUCUGAAAGCAAUUGAAAUUGCGAAGAGCGACCCAAGCACCCACUUCUUGGUCUUCAACACUUCAGUUCUCUACUUUCAGGGAGUGCGUCCUCUCCUUCAGCCUGGACUGUGUCAACAUUUGGUUCCCUCCUUAAAGCAGGUGGUAAAAGGUUUGGAGGAGGUGGCUGACCAGGACCACAGCUGGAGGGCAGAGCUCAUGAUACAGUUGGUUAAAUGUAUUUUGGAUUCUGGAGAACUGGAGGACGCUGCAUGUUAUGCCAAAGUUACUGAAAAGUUCAUCAAGUCACAUACGCCAUAUCUCUAUCCAGGCUUUUAUACAUUACAGGUCCAGGAGAAACUGUUACAGGAUGACAAGCUCCAUACAAUCAACAGUCAAUGUACCAGCUUGAAAGUUAUUUAUGAAAUCCAACAGUUCAAAACUGGGUGGAAGGAACGAAAUGAGAAAAUGCUGACAGAGGAGGAUUCUGUGAAGCUGAGGGAGAUUUUCUCUCUCCUUGUGGAUUCAGCCAAAGAGAGUGGAGCACCUGUACAUUCUGGCUCUGAGCAGAUCCCAACUCCCAUCCAGCCUUGUGACAGGGUUACCUUCCUGCUGGAGUUGGCUCUGCUGUCCUUGCAAGUGAAGGAUCAGGAAGUAGCUGCUGACUGUUGGGAACAGCUGAAGUUGGCGGAAGAAGUUAAUAUUGACCAACGCAUAAUGAUGGAAUGUGUCAACUGUGAAAUUAACCUUCUGAAGAAAGGAGCAAAGAUGAAUGACUACUCCAAAGCCAGUGUGGAGGCCCGCCUGAAGGAGAUAGAGAAGCUGGAUCAGUGGCUGGAGGCUGCAGUGAAGGAAGGGAGGCCCCAGGCUGCGCAGGCGUUGUGUGCUUCCCAGUGGCACCUCUGCCUGCCACUCCUGCAGCACAACCUCAGGAAAUGCAUCAAGAUGCCGCUGAUCAAGUUGGCCCUGGUUCUGGAGUACACACAAAGUAUGUCGCUGGAGAUGCGGUGCGAAGUCCACUCAGAGCUGGCAGCAAUAGAAGAGGAGGAGGGGGAUCUGAAAGCCACUCUGUCCCACCUAGAGAAAGCCCUGCUGCUGGACAAUGGGACAUACGGAGAACGCCUGUCAUCUGCUCUUCAUCUCCUGCAGCUCAGACGGACCCCCUACCUAACACCUGCCUGUCCCCUGGACAAAGCAGCUAAGAUUAUGCAGCAGGUUAGGGACAUUCCACCCCAUCAAAGCACAGACCGACGUCCCCUUCUGGUGUCUGUUGGUCUUCUUUUGGCUCCCUUUGACUUUCAAACGGCCCUGGAUGCAGACCACCACACAAAAUUUUUUGCAGGAACUCUUGGACCGGAUCCUGUAACUAUGCUUGCUUCUAAGGCUCUGCAUCAUUCCACCUGUGUGGAGAAGCUGAAUGAUUAUCUGGACAGACAAAGUGAAGACACAGAUAUUACAGUGAGGGUAAAGCUGUGGGUAACUCUAGCAAAGACGGCCAGGAAACUGGAAGUUUGGGACGUGUGCCGGGCUGCGUGUCGAUUCUGUUUGCUUUAUGAUGGCGGAGCAGGGAAGAGUGCUGAGACCAACAAAUCUAAAACCUCCAUAAGAGGAAGCACUUCACAGCCUUCCAGUGGAAUCCUGAAGAGUGUGGAAUUAAUGCAUCUUUUAGCAGAAAUUUGCUUCAUCAGUGCUGAGGCCACCGUCCAACAGCUGUUGGAAGAGGGAGUGCAUCUUAACAGUCCAGCUGUGCCGCCACAGGGAGAGAAGGUGCAUGUUGCUGAGGACGAUCAAAGAUGGAUUAUAUACAGAGACUGGAUCCAGAGUCUGUCUGCCUAUGCCACCCGCUGCUUCCUGCGGGGCGGAGAGAUCGGGGUGGAGAUCGGGGAGCAUUGUCUGGUAGAAAAUGCAGCCAUUUACUUGUGGAACUAUAACACCCACAUGCUGGCUGCUGAGGAGUACAAACUCCUGCUUCCCACCUUUCAAAAUCUAGUGGAAAUGCUCCUAAGAAUGAAAGAUAUCAGUAACCUUACCAUGUGUGUAAUGGCGUGUAAUGCUGUAUCUCGUGGGCUGAUGCUCCAGCCUGUGUGUGAUUCUGUGCGGUCAAGCGCAAAAGGGAAACACAGUGCAUCAAAACAUGGCACCCCAGAUACUGCUGGCUUAAAGGAUGUAAAGAAGGCAUUAGAGCUGUGUGAGUAUGCCCUCCGCAUAUCCAGUGGUGACAGGACUAGGGAGACUGUUCCAAUUGCAGUGAGAAAACUGGCGUUAACCUCAUGGGUGCAGAUAAAGCAGCUCCUGCAUCAGCAGAUUGGCGUAAAGCUGGACAUAUUCAGAGAUAAGAGUGAUAAUAAGGAAGUAGCGGCGAUGAGUCGCGUGCUGGUGGGACUGGAAAUGCUUAACUGCAAUAGGCAUCCAAAGCAAAUGGAUUUUUCAGCUCCCAGUCUCUCCACACUGGCGGGCAUGGCGUCUGAAUGCAGCUGGCUCGAUGCUGUGGUGGAGUUGCAGGUGUGGUGCCAGCUGGCUGCCUUCUGUCACAGCGCCGAGGACCACAGCUUGGUGUUACUCUGCACAGAGAAAGCUUUGCAACUGGAGAAGGCUGCAGAAGACGGUCUCACUACAGCGCCCUGUCUUCUAUAUGAAGAGACCACUGUGAACAAGAUGCUGAGCAAUGCAGCCUGUUUGAGGGGUUUGAGCCUCGUCUGCACGAGCAGUGGAAAUGUUGACAGAUACAGGGAAGCUUUGAAAGUGAUUCUGUCCGGUUUCAGCUUCGCAGAGAAAACUGGCAGUCAAGAAUUGUGUGUCACAGCUGCUGGGCAUUUCUGGAACGCUUGUCUGCCGCUGACACAGAGCCCUCGGGACAAAUGGUGGCUCAAGGAGCACCUGGAGAAGAUUCUUAAUACUCUACUUCAUAUCAGGAAAAGUGCCAGUAAAAGCAAGAGAAAAUCAUGGACCAUGAGGGAAAUGCCUCCAGGGAUUCCUAGUGAUGGAUCAACAAAAGAUACUAAAGAACUUUGUUUGAGAGCAAACAUUAUCCAUUUGCUGGUCUCCAUCUACAUGGACAAAGAAGACUUUACACGUUCUCUAAAGCUGCUGGACAAAACUAUAAGUGAGAUGACUCCCAGCAAGCAUCGGCUAUUACUUUUCAAAACUCGCAUACUGCUUAAAGUACGCCUGGGAGAAUGCAUAGAGAUUGACAUGGAGAUGUUACACGAGGAGGGAGAGCAGUGCUGUUCAGCGAUGUGGCACCAGGUGGCUCUGUGUGGCAUCACUUUAAAGCAACAGCUAACCUGCUACCAGAACGCCAUCAGAAGACUCACGAGCAAAGAGUUUGAGUGGCAAAAGGUCAACCUUUUGCUUGAAUUUGGAGGGUGGCUGUACUCUCACAACUUCCCAAAAUCUGACGCUCAACUUCAGGUUCAGUGGGCCAUAGAUAUCCUCCUACAUCUGGAACCCAAGCAAGAAGCAGAACCAGAUGAAAGUGUGCUAAAGCACGUAAAGACAGAGCAAUCCAAGUCCUUGAUUGGAGUCCAUGGACAGUUCACGCAAAACUUGUCUAGCCUGAAGGAGGUGCGCACACUUGACCAGUUGACACAGGCACACACGCUGCUCGCUAUCAUGGCAGACAGGACUUCACCUGAGCAUCAGCAAAACCUGCUUCAAGCCUAUACCUUCGUUCUUCAGAUAUGGCAGGUUUCUUUGGCGACAGCCUCUGAGAUUUUAAGUGAGAUGAUGAAGAAUGAACCAAUCCCUUCUCCCACUGAUGCAUCCAAGAAAGGCAAAGGCAAAGACAAGGGCAAAGGCAAAGACAAGGGCAAAGGCAAAGACAAGGGCAAAGACAAAGAAAAGGGCAAAGACAAAGAAAAGGGCAAAGACAAGGGCAAAGAUAAGGAUAAGGACAAGGGUAAAGACAAGAGUAAAGACAAGGGUAAAGACAAGGAUAAAGACAAAGAACGUGUCUCGACAGAAGACGAAGAAAUGCCUAAAGUGGAUGAAAGUGUUCCUUCGACUCUGAAAGAAUGGGCUCACUAUGUCUGUCCUGAGUACAUGAGACAGAUAUUCAAAGCCACUGACAGUCCCCACUGCAUCAACAAGUACAGCUUUUUAAACCAGAAUCUAAGCCUGUUUUAUCUCAGGCGGCUGGAAAGAGAGCUUUGCUCUCUGUCUCUCGACCAUCUCACUCUGCCCAUACUGCACCUUGCUGAGAUUAUUUCUCUUGACCUGCUUCAGAUGAGGAGCCUGUCUGAUCUAUACAGACUCAGAAUUGUGAACACAUGCGUUGAGCUGGGUUUUGGAUCCCAUUCACCAUACCAGGACACGCUUCAAAGCCUGAGUAAAAUCCAAGUAAACGAACAAAUGAAGUGCCGCAAAGAAGUGUCUCUUUCAGAGUUGAGAAGACUUGGCACAGUGUACCAUCAGAAAGCUGAAGUGGAUGAACACAUUUCUUCUGGGCAGUUGGGUGCAGAUGUGAGUUUUCAUGAUAUUUGGCUGAAAAAAGCAGACGUUUGCCUCAGCUUGGGUCUUUAUCAGUCAGCCAGACAACUUCUAGGAGAGGCCCACAAGGUGGCUAGAGAACUUGGAGAUGAGAGAGCUGAAGCAAAAAGUUUAGUAGGUCUGGCAGCUCUUGCCUGUGAGGAGCAGAAUUUUGCUCAGGCUCUGAUUCUGUUGGAUAAAGUCCAAACCCUUAAGGGUGACCAUGAUUUCUGGUACCACUUCACUCUCACCAGGGUAACGACUGUGAUGGGACUGAGAGACAAAGCUUCACAAACUAAGGUUGAUCAGAUCGUCAAACAAGGCUGUGAGGCUUUGCAGCUGAUUGCAGGACUGCAAGUAAACAGAGUUCAAGAGCUCAGAUCAACAAUCAAUUCUUUAGAAAACAGAGGUGCAGUUGAAUGUGUUCGAGCCAUUUCUAACGCUACGACUGCAGAGACGUCCGGCACUGAGGUUGUUGAGAGGCUAAUGGCUGCAUGUGAGACACUCAGACUGUCUGCAGAUGGUCUCACCAAGCUCAACUUCGGACAACAGGCAGCAGAGGCACAUAGAAAUUGUGCAUAUGGUUUGAGGAUUCUGGCCGGAAAGGUCACUGACGUAGAGAGGAGACAUCAAUACCUGCUUGAUGCCCUCUCCCAAAUGCAAGUGGCUGUCGCACAGCAGGAACAUGUGACACUAAGUGCUCAGAGGCUGUUUUCGCCUCAGGAGAGUUGCAACCUGUCGCAGAAAUCCAUAAGAAAACUUUUGGACCUGCGAGUGUACAUGACAGAGUUGUGCAUGGAAAUUCUGGAGGAGAAUUGCGCUUAUCAGACACAGGAAGUUUUUGCCCGUUUAAAGAAGACGGCUAUUGAAAUCAUCCUGGAAGACUUCACAAGGAACUCACCAGAGCCAGGUUCCACAGAAAUGGACUGGGAGUGCACAGACAGAACCUUGGGGCAGACGAUCCUCAGCCAGCUGGCUGCACUCAACUUCCAAACCUCGGACAACAUGGAGAUCCGAGCUCGCUGCCUGAAUCUGCAGGGGAGGUACCUGAAAGUGCUGGCCAUGCAGAGAGCGCCCAUGUACGUGAAGGCUCUCUGGCACAAACAUAUGCAGGAUGCUUUGCCGGACUCUGUUCCCACGGCAGAGGAGAAUUCGGGGAAACGCAGUGAUUCAAGCAGCAAAGAACUAGACUUGACCUCCGACAGAGGUGUGGAGCAGCAGCAGUGGAAAGACGAAGCACAGGAACUGCUGGCUGAAGCAAGUAAAGUCCUGUCUGAGUCCGCCAGGCUGUGUCUGCAACACAACCUACCCUCCGCCAUCUUGGCCGAGGCCUCCUUUCAUAUGUUGGACUGUAUUGGGCAGUCUGACCCUACAGAGACCGGUCAAUACCUUGCCCUUUUUCAGACCUGCUGCACUGUUGCUAUGGCGGCCGAACUCCUGAGCUGUGCCUGCGCUGACACCUCUGUGUCCCAGCUCUCUGCUCUGCUCAGCCUCCACAGGAAUCUGUUCGUCUCCCAGGAAAAGAGAUCCAGCAGCAUGCUGAAAAGAUCGGAAGAACAGCUCCUCCACCUCUUCAAGGCCUUCCAUCAUCUGACCAUCAUUCCCAACCACCUGGACAUCCUGUCAGACAUCCCUCCCAGCAUGAGCAUCUUGUUGCUUCAGCACUCCAAUGACGGCUCUGAGCUCUAUGGGGGCUUCUAUGAGACAACCAAAGCUCCAGAACAUCCAAAAGCAAAGGCUUCACCUCAAACAGGUCUGGUGUCACGCUCGCAGGUGGCAAAGGUUUCAGUCUGCCCGCAGGCACUGGGGGCACUUAGGGAGCAGACUCGGGUCUUUGGCCUGGAGAACAAACAUUCAGUCCUGAAGGAUGAAUCCAGCCAGCUGGAGACGUCCGAGGUGCAUCAGAACACGACGAGAGACAGAGAGUUGGAGCUUCACUUCAGAGAAAUAGUAGAAAAAAUGGAGGACUAUUUGGAUCCACUUCUGUCUCAGUUUGAUUUCCCUUUCAUCAGGUCUCAGACUAUCACUCCACCUACCUCUGAAAACGAGCAUAAGCAUGUAAAAGAAGAAAAAUGUAUCUCAGUUGACAAUGGAGAACAUUUGGUGGUCCUCGCUGACAGGAAGCUGCUCGAGUUGCCUCUGGAAGCGCUGCCUCUCCUACCAAAGGAAGGCCUGGCUUCUGUGUCUCGAGACUUUUCUCUGCAGCUUUUCUUCAGUCGUCUCAGUAGAGAACAAAUCCUGAAAGUUGAAAGUGACAGCAAAAAGGAGACCAAGACCAAAGGUGGCAAGGGAGCUCAGAAGAAGAAGGGAGUUAAAAGCAAAGCCAUCAAAGCGACACCUGUCAAUCCUGUGUUGCCUUCCUACACAUUCCCAAUGGACACAACAAACUUGAAAUAUAUUGUUGACCCUUACAAGGAAGGCCAGCGUGAAAGGGCCAAACUGACUUCAACAAUGAAGGAGGUUUUAGAACACCACAAGCAUCAUCUGCCUCAACUCUGGAAGAACUUCUUCAGCAGACCCAGUCUUUUCGAGAUGGAGCAGGUCCUGCCCAAAUGCAGUGCCUUCAUUUACAUGGGGAUGGAUCCACUGCUGGUGAGCAUUCCACCUGCCAAAGUCGCUGCCUUCAAUCUAACAGAGUGUCGCAUGGCUCUGCUCUUUGACCGGAUUCAGAGCAAAGUGAAAGUCCUCCCAUCAAACAAUGAAAGUCAAAAGAGUGCUGAACUGCUGACCUUGGAGAAUCCCCUGGAGACCGCCCUGUUGUUGAGUUUGACUGGUGUUGGCUGCAUUGUCCUCAACCAGUGGCACAACACUCUUAAACAGAAAGCACAACAUCUUACUGCUGUGCUGGACAAUAUGCUGAGGGCCAAAGAGACCUCUGGCCAUGCCAUCCAUGCUUUGAAGGGACGGGAGUAUACCGGUAUGCCACAUCACAAGGUCACAGAAACAUAUGAUCAAGAUCUCAGCACUGACUCAAAGGAAAACACAGUUCAUCACACUUCAGCUCUCACCCCCGCAGCCUACAAUUGCAUUCUCUAUGGCCUUCCCAACUACAGUGUCCCAUAAUAUACUCAAUGUUUCCUCCACAUUUCACAGUUCAAAAUGAUUGCAAGCAUAAAUACCUGAGAGAUUUUCUUUUAUUGCUUUAUAUGAUGCAGUAAAGCUCCUGUUAUAUGAAGGGUUUAAAAGUUUCAUUAAAGAUGAUCCUGCAAUCUUUGUUCAUGUUC